AUGGCAAAAGGAUCAACACCAACACCCCCACCUCCAACAGGUAAAGGUGGUAAAAGUGCACCAGCACCAACUCCUGAUAAAGGCGGAAAAGGAGGAAAAAAAGAGACAAGUGCACCAGUACCACCAACAUCAGAUAAAAAGGGUGGAAAGGUUAGUGGAGUAAAAGAUUCAGUAGUGGCACCAACAACUGGUUUACCAUUGGCACCAGAGAAACCAAGAUGGACAGGUAAACAACCUGUUCAAUAUUUAAAUGAAUAUUGUCAAAAGAAUCAAAUGGAUAGACCAAAUUAUAUAGAAGUAAAGAGUAAACCAGGUAAACAUAAAUUUAAGGUUAUAUUAAAAUUUGAAGGUAAAAAGAAACAAAUCACCGAGAAAGAAUAUAUAACGACGACAAUAUACGAUACUACACAAGAGGCGAAAUCAUAUACAGCAUUGGUAGCACUCUUUAGUUUAUGUGGUAAUACAACUAUUUAUAAAUUAUUCCCACCAGAAUAUACACCCUUUUGGAUGCAAUUAGAUCAAGAAUCAAAACAAGAGGAAGAAAAGCAACGUCUACUUUUAGAACAACAAUUAAAAUUUGAAGCUGAAAAUGCGGAACCAGUUAGAACUCAUACUCAAAUGAUACCACAAAUUCAUAUGUCUGAAGAAGCAAUGAGAAUUGUACAUUCCCUAGUAUUGGAGUUAUGUCAAAAUGAUGUUAGUAGUAGUAGUAGUGAUAUAGCAUCAACAUCAACAUAUGAAGAAAGAAAACAAUUGGAUGAAAAAGAAAAAGAGAUUAUUUUAUCAACAUUGGUUGAAUUGGGAUUUAAAAAGGAAGAUAUUUUAUUAGCAUUGGUAAAUGUUUGUGAUCAUAAUAAUAUUCAUGGUAUAAUUGAAUGGUUAUGUUUAAAUGUAUCAAAUUCACAAUUACCAGAACAUUUUAGACCAAAAACAAUUGGUAUUGAUAAGAUUGAUAUCAAUCAAUCACCAUUACCUUCACUUUUAAUUGAACCAAAUAAACCAAUCUAUAAUAAAACUAAAAGUGAAUUUGAAAAUUUAGCCAUUUUACCAAGAGAUACUAUAAAACUUAUAAAUAAUACAAAAUCAAUUUAUAAUGAUAUCAAUGAUGAUGAUGAUGAUGAUGAUGAUGAUGAUGAUGAUGAUGAAUUAAUAGUAUUCUUUAAAGUUUAUUUAAAUUUAUUUAAAUUAAAUGAAAAUAAUAACAAUAAUAAUCAAUUUACAAAUGAUGAUGACAUUAAAGAACAAAGUAAAGAAAUUAUUGAAAAUGAAAUAUUAGCAUUACAAUCGAUUUAUAUGAAUAAUGAAAUUGAAUUUAGUUCAAAUAAUCAACAUAUUAUUUAUAAUGGUCAAUCACCAUCAUCAUCAUUUAAAUGUAAUAUCUAUUUACCAACAUCAUUAAUUACUUAUCCAUUUCAAUUACCAAUUAUAACUUUUUCAUCAGCAAAAUCAACACCAAUUACAAAUCAAAUAGUUAUUCGUUCAAUUUUAAAUGAAUUACAAUCAUCAAUUGGUAAUCCAAUGAUUUUUAAUAUAAUAUCUUGGUUGGAUCAAAAUAUUUCAAAUAUUUUAUCAAAUAAAUUAAAACCACUUAAUACUCCAAUUAUAAUUGAUAAUAAUACGAAUAAUUCAAAUAAUAAUAAUAAUAAUUCAAAUAAUAUUGAAACUUUAAAGAAUAAUAAUAAAGUACAAAAACAACAAAAUAAUAAUAAUAAUAAUAAUAAUAAUAAUAAUAAUAAUAAUAAUAAUAAUAAUAAUUAUAAUUAUAAAAAAGUAUUAAAUGAAAAAGAAAAAUUAAAAAUUAAUAAAGAAUUAAAGAAUGAAUAUGAUAGAUUAAUUAAAGUUGAUAAAGGUGUGAUUAAAAAGAGAGAAUCAUUACCAGUUUUUAAGAGAAAGAAAGAAUUUUUAAAAUGUUUACAAGAGAAUCAAGUCGUUGUUAUUACAGCAGAGACUGGUUGUGGUAAGAGUACUCAAAUUCCUCAAUACAUUUUAGAAUCAUUCAUUUCCCAAGAGAAAGGAUCAGAGUGUAAUAUAGUUUGUACACAACCUAGAAGAAUCUCAGCUAUUGGUGUGGCAGAGAGAGUUUCCUAUGAAUGGAAUUGUGGUACUGUUGAGAACUCAAUUGGAGGUUUGGUUGGUUACCAAAUUAGAAAUGAAUCAAAGAGGUCGCAAUCCACCAGACUAUUGUUUUGUACCACCGGUAUUCUAUUAAGAAGAAUAUUGGAUGUAUCAAACAUCUCUGAUCUAUCACAUAUCAUCAUUGAUGAAGUUCACGAACGUUCAACUGAUAAUGACUUUUUAUUAAUCAUUUUACGAGAAAUCAUUUCAAAACGUAAAGAUUUGAAAAUCAUUUUAAUGUCUGCAACUUUAAAUGCUAAACAAAUUGCAAACUAUUUCAAAUGUACUGAUGAUAGUAUUUUUUCAAUUCCUGGUUUCACUUUUCCUGUUAAAAAUAUUUAUAUUAAUGAAGUUUUACCAUUAAUUAAUAAAUAUAAUCCAAACUAUAAAGAUUCAAUUACAACAACCACUACUACAACUACAACAACAACUACAAAUGAUACAAAUGAAGAUGAAGAAGAAAUUUUAAAUAAUAAAUUAAAUCAAUUAAAAAUUAGUAUUGAUCAAAAAAGAAUUAAUUUAGAUGUUGUUGAAUCAUUGAUUUUACAUUUGGUUAAUGGAGUUUUAAAAAAAGAUAAAUCAAUAUUAGUGUUUGUACCAGGUUUAUCGGAUAUUUUAGAGUUAUGUUCAAGAUUAGGUAAACCAAUUUCAACGUUUACUGAAGCUAUUUGUCAAAGAAUUUGGUGUGUACCAUUACAUAGUUCAUUAUCACCAAAGGAUCAACAAAAAGUAUUUGAAAAAGCACCAAAUGGUAGGGUCAAAGUUGUAAUAGCUACAAAUAUAGCUGAAACUUCUAUCACCAUUGAAGAUGUUGAAAUCGUUGUAGAUUGUGGUAGAGUCAAUCAAAUGACAUUUAAUUCUAUCACUGGUAACUCUGUAAUGUCUGAAGAAUGGACUUCGAAAGCAUCAUGUCGUCAAAGAGCUGGUCGUGCAGGUCGUACCUCCUCUGGUUUAUGUUUUAAGGUUUUCACUAAAUCAAUGGAAUCACAACUUCAAGAUCAAGAUACACCAGAGAUAUUGAGAACUUCACUUCAACAACUUUGUCUUCAUGUUAAACUUUUCUUAAAAAAUAAUAAAAAUACAACCAUUCAAGACUUUUUAAAUCGUGCAAUUGAACCACCAAGUUCUGAACAAAUUCAAUCAUCAAUUAAUGAAUUAAUUUCAAUUGAUGCUUUAAAAAUCAAUCAACAACAGCAACAAGAAUUAACACCAUUAGGUUAUCAUUUAGCAAGUUUACCAGUUGAUGUUUAUAUUGGUAAAAUGUUAUUAUUUGGUUGUAUAUUUAGAUGUUUAGAUCCAAUUUUAACAAUUGCUGCAACAUUAAAUUAUAAAUCACCAUUUUUAAAUCCACCUGAUAAAACUAUACGUCCAAUGGAUAAAUUUUCAUCACCAAAUCAAUCAGAUCAUCAAACUCUUAUCAAUGCUUAUAAUUCAUGGAGAAAAUCAAUACAAGAUGGUAAUGAAUAUCAAUUUUGUCGUGAAAAUUACUUAUCAAUACCAACACUACGUACUAUUCAAGAUUUGAAAUUACAAUUUGUUGAAAUUCUAUCAGAGAUUGGUUUCUUACCACAAUCAAUAACUGCAAAGAAAAUUGCAAAACUUCAACAACAACAACAGCAAAAGGGUAACAAUUAUUCAAAUGAUUGUAUUGAUGAAUUUGUUGGUUAUAUUUAUAAUUCAAAUUCAAGUAAGAGUAAAAUCAUUACAAGUGUAUUAUGUGCUGGUAUGUAUCCAAAGAUUGCAAGAAUCGAUUAUCCAGAUGCAAAGUAUAGCCAAACUGCAAGUGGUGCUAUAAAGAAUAAAUACUCUCCGGAAUCAUUGCUAUUACUCACUAAACCUCCAAAUUGUGGUCCUGGAAAACCAUUGGAAAGAGUUUUCAUUCAUCCAAGAUCAACAAACUUUAAAGAGGGUGAAUGGGUUUACCCUUUCAUUAUCUACAAUGAUAAGGUUAAAACUUCGAAACUAUUCCUUCAUCAUAUUACAAAUCUAUCUCCCCUAACUUUACUAUUAUUCUCUUUGGGUGGUAAUAUUGAAAUCGAUAAAUCCUAUCAAACCAUUUCCCUCGAUAAAUGGCUGAAAUUUAAAGCUACCUCUGGUAAAAUCAUUGUAUUAUUAAAAGAGAUCAGAAUCUUAUUCAAUCAUUUAUUAAAACAAAAAAUUGAUCAACCAUCUUAUUCAACUUCCUCUUCAAUCAUUAUUGAUAUUAUUACGAAAUUGGUUUUAUCUGAAGGUUAUCUUUAA